AUGUCACUUAAACGAAAGUGUAAUUUUGAUCAGUUCGAUACAUCUUCAUCAACACCAUCAUUAUGUGUUGAUGCUAGAUCGUCGAUAGUGUCGUCACCAACGCCAACGAAAUUUGUUAAAACUGAACAACUUCUCGAUCGAACAUCGUCAAAUCACAUCUAUUCGAACAGCAAUUCCCCAUCGGAUGAACAUAACGAACAUGUCAAUACAACUAAUGGCUCACCUUUGCCUCAUCAACAAGAGAUAGAUGGUGAUCGGUCUGGCUCCAAUAUUAUUCAUGACGAAUCUAUUACACCUACGUCACAGUCGAACGAUAAUACGAAUUUAGCCGAACAACAAUCAUGCACUCCAACAACUGCUAAUGAAUCUCAACCGGAAACGGAAACUAAAGUCACACCGCCUUCUAAUCUACAGCAACCGCAACGAAAACGUCGUAAGAAUAUUCCAUCAUCGAAAAUCUCUCGACCAUCUACAACAACAGCGACAAUACCAUCACCUUCAGUGUUAACAAAUAAUAUAAAACUCGAGAAAAAUGUUCCUGUAAUCCCAACAGUUUCAUCUAAUUCAUCUUCAACCACAACGAAAACCAACGCUACAAUGAUCUUCAAUUCAAUACGAACAUUAUUAGAAGAGAAAAAAGCAGACAAUGAUGAAAAUCUAUUAUUAACUAUUGAUUGUCUCAUCGAUAGUUUACAACAUUUACGUGAAAGAAUAAAAACACUUGAAAGUAAUAAUAACGAGAGAAAUUCUCUGACAACAACCCUUGAAUAUGACGAUUCUCAUCCAUUGAAUUUAUCCCAGCCAAAGAAACGGCAACAAACUCGAUUAGCAUCAACCAACAGUGAUGAUAUGAGUCCAAGCACAACAACAGUCAGCUCACCUUCGCCUUCAACACCGACAUUAUCAUUACCAUCAGCACUUUUCCCAUCACAAGCCUUGUUUUACGAAAAACCAUUCUUUCCUUCAUUCUCAGUCCCAAACAUGACCCACAUACAAAAUUAUUUAAAACUAUCAGCUGCUGGAGUACUUAAUGAUUCAAUCAAUGUGAAAAAUGGAGACAAUGGUACCUCGCGAUGUUCAUUGCCAUCUCCUUUCGUUGCAGGUUUAAAUAUGUAUGGUUUUCCGCAAUCAUCAAAUCAUCUCUCCCAUCAUUCUAAUUUAUCAUCUACGCUACAUGAAACAGUGACUACAAAUAAUAAUAACCAUCACAAUAAUAACAACAACAACAACAACAGUAAUCACCAUCAUCGCGAUUUGUCUACCGACAAAGAAUCAGCAUCAUUAGCUCGUCAUGUUUCAACAAAUCGAAAAGAUCGAAGUCAUCAUCACCAUCAUCAUUCACCGUCGAAUGCGCUAUCCUUAGUACCAAAUAACAAUGGAAAUAACGAAUCGAUUUCCACAUCUUCCUCAUCAUCAUCUAAUGAUCAUAUCAAACGGCCUAUGAAUGCAUUUAUGGUUUGGGCUCGUGAAGAACGACGAAAGAUAUUAAAAGCUUGUCCAGAUAUGCAUAAUUCAAGUAUCAGUAAAAUCCUGGGUGCCCGAUGGAAAGCAAUGAGUAAUGAAGAGAAACAACCGUAUUACGAAGAACAGUCACGUUUAAGUAAAGUUCAUAUGGAGAAGUAUCCUGACUAUCGUUAUCGACCCCGACCGAAACGAACCUGUGUGAUCGACGGUAAGAAAAUGCGUUGGUCGGAAUACAAACAAAUAUUGAAACAACGAAAACAUAGCCCAUACGAUGAUCAACUGUCACCUGAUAAUGGUGAAUAUCUAAAUAUCAAAGAAGAUGAUGAUGAUAAUGUCGAUGAUGUUGACGAUGAAUGUAGUUCCGAUGGGAGUGAUAACUCACAGAAGGCGCUCGUUUUUGCUGACUAA